GGAGGCGGCGGCGGUGGCGGAGGCCGUGGUGGCCCGGUCCCGUCCGGUCCCCUCAGGUCCCCUCAGGUCCCCUCAGGUCCCGGGCCAUGGCGGACAAGUUCGACCACCUGGAGGAGCACCUGGAGAAGUUCGUGGAGAACAUCCGCCAGCUCGGGAUCAUCGUCAGCGACUUCCAGCCCAGCAGCCAGGCCGGCCUCAACCAGAAACUGAAUUUCAUGGUCACUGGCCUACAAGAUAUUGACAAAUGUCGACAACAGCUUCAUGAUAUUAGUGUCCCUUUAGAAGUUUUUGAAUACAUAGAUCAAGGUCGUAAUCCCCAGCUAUACACCAAAGAGUGCUUGGAGAGGGCUCUAGCUAAAAAUGAGCAGGUGAAAGGCAAAAUCGAUACCAUGAAGAAAUUUAAAAGCCUGUUGAUUCAAGAGCUUUCCAAAGUCUUCCCAGAUGACAUGGCUAAAUACAGAAGUACCCGAGGUGAAGAUCAUCCCCCUUCUUAACAAGAACAGUUCACUUUCCCUCUGUCUGAAGACAACGGGACAUUCUUGUGAAAUGUUUGGCCGAGGGGCGGCCCUCACGAUUAAGGUUUCCAUGCAGUGCACGUGGCAUAUAGCGAUGCGAGGAGCUCUUGCGAUUACGUUCUCUCACAGGCCACUCCACUUUUUCUCAAGACUCAUCUCAUGAAGCUUCUGUGGCGAAUGACUCUUUCAAGCUGUAGAAGGUACAUAAAUACUGCAACAGAUCUCUACCCACGAAGUGCAUUUUUAGGGUCGAGUCGAGUUUAUUUCAUUGCUAAGUGCUGAAGUAUGGUUAAAUGUGAAUCCCGUGGAAGUGAAUUCCCGGAAAAGCAGUACGGGCAAUAAUGUGGUAGGUUAUUGCCAACCUUAAGCAUUCUAGAGGACCAGUGAGGUCCGUUGAAAUUUUGUGAGCUUGGGAAGUUCAUUCACGUCGGCCAAUUCUAUUCUAUUCUGUUACAGUUUCAAGAAAAAAAAAUCUGUUUUUUUCUGAUUGAUAUGUGAAGUUCUUAAAUAUGAAUGGUAGUGUUUAUAUUUGUACAGUCAUGUGUAAUGCAGUACUUAAGUCUGUUGAGUGUAAUUUUAUUUCCAUUGAUUUAAAUUAGGACAAGUAUUUAUAAUAAACAUUUUAAAUUGUG